AUGAGCUCGCAGGACGUUUCCAAGGUUGACGUGCUGAUAAUCGGAGCCGGACCGUCAGGUCUCAUGCUGGCGACAUGGAUGGCUCGCAUGGGGGUCUCAACUCGUAUAGUCGAUAAGCGCUUUGACAGGGUGAACAGCGGGUAUGACCACUUACAGCAGGCCGAUGGACUGCAGAGCAGAACUUUCGAAAUUUUUGACUCUCUUGGCUUUGGCCAGGAUAUUUGGCACGAGGCUAACCACAUGCUAGAGAUUCGAUUCUGGCUUCAAAUCUUGCUAACUACAGUGAAGAACCCUGACGAGAAUCAGAAUUUGUAUCGCUCAGACAAGAUAGUCGACACAAAGCCUGGCCUUAGCCGUUUCCAACAGGCAACUCUCCAUCAAGCACGCAUCGAAGACUACCUUCUCAAGUAUAUUGAGAAGUACAGCGAUAUUAAAGUCGAAUAUGGUAUCAUGCCAGAGUCUCUCACCAUUGACCCUGAAAUGGUGGAAGACGACGACUACCCUAUUUCAGUCACCCUUCAAUCCCGACCCAAACCCACUUCAGAAUCUUCAGUUUCGAGCGAUAGCGGAGUCGCGGAUAUUCCCAACGGCCUCCAUAGAAGUAAUCUAACGGCUGAUACCACGGACGCAUUGUUACAAGACGCCCAGAAGGCUCAGGAUACUAGCACAGAGAAGAUCCUGGCCAAAUACGUGGUCGGCUGUGACGGUGCACACUCGUGGACACGGAGACAGAUUGGAUCCGUAAUGGAAGGCGAUCACACAGACUACAUUUGGGGUGUUCUCGAUAUCAUUCCCAUCACAGACUUCCCCGACAUCAGAUAUCGCUGCGCCAUCCACUCCACAUCUGGUAGUAUGAUGGUUAUUCCUCGUGAGAAUAAGUACGUCAGACUGUAUAUCCAAGUCACAGAGGCGGACGAAAACGGCAAAGCGAUCGACCGCUUCAAGAUCACUCCGGAGAACUUGGCCCAAGCAGCGAAUAAGAUUCUCCAUCCGUACAAGCUCUCCUACAAGCAUUGCCAUUGGUGGACAGCGUAUCGUAUUGGACAACGGGUGGGCUCGAAAUUCAGUGCAAACGAGCGUGUCUUCCUCGCUGGGGAUGCGGUUCACACGCAUAGCCCCAAGGCAGGUCAAGGCAUGAACAUCAGUAUGCAUGACACAUACAACCUCGGGUGGAAGCUUGCUUCUGUCGUCAAAGGAUGGACGAAUCGGUCACUCCUCAAGACAUACGACACCGAACGAAAACAGAUCGCACAGGAACUGAUAGAGUUUGAUCAGAAAUUCUCUCGACUCUUCUCAGGCCGGCCCGCCAAGGAUAUCUUGGACAAAGAGGGUAUCGAUCUCAAGACAUUCAAGGAAGUUUUUGAGAAAGGAAACCUAUUUGCCAGUGGCUGUGCCGUCGACUACGCUUCGAGUCUCAUCGUCGCCAAGCCCGGACUAGCAACGGAAAACAGAAUGCCUCCUAUCGUCGGCAAACAAGCUCUUGCUCCGAAUAUUCCCAUUGGCAUGCGGAUUCCAAGUCAUAAUGUUUUGAAUCAGUCAGACGCCAGACCUUGGCACCUUCAAGAGCUUUUGCCUAGCGAUGGUAAAUGGAGAAUCAUCGUUUUCGCCGGAGACGUCCUGGACAAAUCUCAAUUCGCCAGACUCUCAGCCCUUGCAGAGAAGUUGAGCUCACGUGAUUCGUUCAUGAAUCGACAUAUAAUCAAAGACGAUGGGGCGGUGAGCUCUUUCCUCGAAGUCUUGACGAUCCAUUCAUCUUCACGCGACGAAGUGGAGCUACUCUCUUUGCCGGACAUCUUUCAUCCGUUCUCUGAGGAAUAUGGUUGGGAUUAUAAUAAGGCCUACGUGGAUGAUGAAUCGUACCAUGAGGGACAUGGCCAGGCUUAUAAGAACUACGGCAUUGAUGCCAAGAGAGGCUGCGUAAUUGUUAUUCGGCCUGAUCAAUAUGUCAGUUGGAUUGGGGAGCUGGAAGAUAUUGAUGAUAUGAAUCGGUUCUUUGGAGGAAUAUUUCGGUCUGGUUAA